AUGGCGGUUAUGGUUCAGUUCGCACUUACCUGUCGUCUGCUACAAACGUCGUCUGCUAGAUACGUCAUGGGGGUGUGUUCGCGUUGUGUUUGGCCCUUCAUCACUGCUUUAGUAAUUGUAGUCGCAGUUUUUAUUUACUUUUUCUACCCACCAUUUUGUACAAACACGGGUGCAGAAUGUCCAUACAUCAAGGACGUUUCUCCAGCGAUCUCUUCGUCACCCGCAACAACUCCUGCCGUCCCUCGGGUCUGGGAGAGCGACUUCCAUCUACCACCCAACAUCCGGCCAUCUUUCUACUCCAUCCUGGUCGUUCCUGAUCUCUCCACAGGGGUGUUCAGUGGAGCUGUCACCAUCACCCUCGACAUUUCCUCUCCUUCCGACUACCUCCUGGUCAACAUAGACGGCGUCCGAGUGUCCACCACGAGCCUGUCCAGAGGGUCGACCAAGGUACGACUCCGGGAGACCUUCGAGUACUCCCCCAACCAGUUCUGGGUGGUGAUUCCUCAAGAGUCGCUCCAGCCUGGGGCCUACAGCCUCUACAUGGAGUACUCCGGGAGUUUGACCAAAGACAUUGUAGGACUCUACAUGACCAACUACACUGAUCCUACCAGUGGAGAGGAAAGACACAUAGCAACAACCAAGUUUGAGCCGACAUAUGCUCGUAGAGCAUUUCCCUGUUUCGAUGAGCCUGCCUUCAAAGCUAAAUUCAAUGUUAGCAUUGUUCGUCCAUCCAAAGGCAACUACAUCGCUCUAUCGAACAUGAACCAAGUGGAAGAAGUGCCGGAGUCGCCAGGUCCAGGAUUAACAACUGUCAAGUUUGACACGUCAGUCCCCAUGUCAACCUACCUUGCGUGUUUCAUCGUGUGUGACUUUGAACAUCUCCCCACCAUCAAAACCAAACGAGGGCUCGAUGUCAAUGUAUACGCAAGAAGUGGACAAAUACAGAAAAUGGACUAUGCUCAGAAAAUUGCCGCCUCUACCAUAGACUUUUAUAUAGAUUAUUUUGGCAUUGACUAUCCACUACCUAAAUUAGAUUUGAUAGCAAUUCCUGAUUUUGUGUCGGGAGCCAUGGAGAACUGGGGUUUGAUAACGUUCAGGGAGACAUCGGUGUUAUAUGAUCCUGACUUCAGCUCCAGCGGCAAUCAGGUCCAAGUGGCUCUCACAACCACACACGAGCUGGCACACAUGUGGUUCGGAGAUCUAGUCACCAUGAAGUGGUGGGAUGACCUCUGGUUGAACGAAGGGUUCGCCACCUUCAUAGAAUUCAAAGGGACGCACCACAACCAUCCAGAGUGGGAUAUUGACACGUAUUUUCUUGUCCACGAUCUGACUGAUGCUUUAAGCCUGGACGCAACUCUCAGCUCUCAUCCAAUAAUCAAACACGUCUCUCAUCCUGACCAGAUUACUGAGAUAUUCGAUCGGAUCUCUUAUGCUAAGGGAGCUUCAGUGAUCAGGAUGCUGGAAGGGUUCAUGGGUCCAGAAAACUUCAGACAAGGAGUCGUGUCCUAUCUGAAGAACUUCCAGUAUAAAAACGCAGACACCAACGACCUGUGGCAACAUCUGCAGCAGUUCUCCAACGGUGUCAAUGUUCCACAUGUGAUGGACAGUUGGACUCGACAGAUGGGUUAUCCCUUACUGACCGUAACCAGAAAAGGAGACACUGUCACGGUUACGCAACAACGGUACACUGCCGACAAGAACGCUACAUUUGACCCCAACGAAUCAAAAUUCAAGUACAAAUGGGAUGUCCCUGUUACGAUUUUCACCUCGUCUAACAACAAACCAACACUGAACUGGCUUUUGAUGGACAACCCUUCAUUAAGUAUCAACGUGAGGGGUGUGGACUGGUACAAACUCAACUACCAUUUUGUGGGCUUCUACAGAGUCAACUACCCUACAGAGGAUUGGGCAACCCUCACAAAACUGCUCAUGGAUAACAUUACGGCGCUGGAUGCGGCAGACAGAGCCAACUUGAUCGAGGAUGCCUUCAGUCUGGCUGAGAGUGGGAGGUUAGACUUCAGUGUGGCGUUGGCUCUGACGGGGUUCCUGGCGCAAGAGACGCACAUUGUGGUGUGGGAUCUGGCAUCCAACCAUCUGCUGAACAUAGACGCUCAUCUCUUGUACACUCCUGCCUACUCUGACUAUAGGCAUUACCUGCGAAAACUAAUCAGUCCUCAUAUCAAUGACUCACUGUGGAAUUUCUCUCCUGAUGCAACUUUUCUUCAAAGAUCUCAACAAGUGAAAAUGAUUUCACUAGGCUGUAGGGCAGGAGUGCCUGCAUGUUUGGACAAAGUCAAGCAGAUGUUCAACACGUUUCUAGAGAACGGCACCAAACCCCAUGUGGAGAUCAGGAAUGUUGUGUAUUCCUUUGGUAUGGCUGAGAGUGGGGAACAACAAUGGGACCGUAUGUGGGACAAAUAUCUGGCAGAAACAGAUCCUCAAGAGAAGGGACGACUACGCAGAUCUCUUGCUACGAUCAAAGAGCCUUGGAUUCUUGCUCGGCUGAUAGAAAGAGCAAAGAAUGAAGAUUAUGUCCGAUCUCAAGACUACUUUGGCUUGAUGGCUGCAAUUGCUGGAAACCCAGUUGGCAACAAUCUUCUGUGGGAUUGGGUCAGGGCUAACUGGCAAUACCUAGUGGAUAGAUUUACCCUCAACAACAGAAGUUUUGGAAGACUGUUACCCUACGUGGCUGGAAGCUUUUCAUCAGACAUCAAAUUGAAGGAGGUGGAACAAUUCAUUGCUCAACACCCUGAGGCAGGAGCAGGGGAGGCUGGGAGAAGAGCUACUUUGGAAUCCAUCAAACUGAACAUAGCUUGGCUUGAGAAGCAUCUGGCCCCACUCACCGAGUGGCUAAAGACUGCUUGAACUCUUUCUGUUCCUUACAAUUAAAGUAUUUUGUAAUUUAA